CUGGUUAUAAUGCGGUAACCAAAGCACUUAAAGAUCGUCUCUUUUUAACAUGAAUUAGACUCUAGGGACAUGUCCUUAACUUUAGGGUUGGUAAGAGGUAAAAGGGUCUGUUUGAAGACAUCUUUAAAUUUUACAGCAGCGAAAUUUAAGUGAAAUACUAAGAGACGUCUCUGCAGUAGGUACAAGUAAAAAACUGAUUGAAGGUAUAUAAAUUGUAUUGACCACCUGUGGUAUAUCAUUUGGAUAUGAAUCUGUGAAUCAAAAUUAAAGGAAUAAAAAAGGCAACGAAACAAACAUGUACUUCAUAAAAUUUGUCGCUUUUCUUUGUGCUGUUUAUGGAGUUUCAGCAGAAGUGUGCCCACAAUCAGAAGUCUUAUUCGUCUUGGAUUUUUCGGAUGCCGCCUAUGUUCCUGCAACGUCUAAUCUAUUCCCUUAUUAUAGCUUCGACCUCCUGAAAGCCGCCCUGGACAGUUUUCUCAACAACAACUACGUUGAUAAUAGCAACAAUGAUUUCAGAGUUGGCGCCAUAGGUUAUGGCUCUAGGGGUGCCUUUGAAUACAUUCCAAUACGUUCUUAUCCCAACACCGCCAAGCAGUACAUCUAUCAAAGAGGCAACGAAACAUAUGGGGCCUCGUGGACCUAUGUGGGCCUCCGUGCUGUUACUUUUAGCCCGAUCUAUGCCAACAACAAAUUGAUUGUCAUCUCUGCUCAAGGCACCAGCAACUCCAACAACUCUUUGGCUUUCACUGAGGCACUCAGACUCCGCAACCUGGGGUGGAAUAUCAAUGUCAUCGCUAUGCAAGGUCAGAAUCCACUGGACUUGUUUGAACUGACCGGCGUGAAUAACAAUGUGCGUCCUGUUGUGCUAAGCGACUUAACUGCAGGUGGCACAAAGAGUUACAGAUACCUGUCAACGGAACUGGCCAAUGUGGUGUCCGCACUUUGUAGUGUGGUUCCCACCUCUACAGUCUGCAGCAAUUGCAUGUUUGAGGGAGGCUUCGCCUACGAGGCUGACCCCAAGUACUGCGACAGCUUCUACCAGUGUGUCGAAGGCUCCAGUCCAGUGAGAAAGAUGUGCCCGGCUGGUACUUUCUGGGAUGGCUCUCAGUGUAACUUCAUGAGCUCCGUCAGCUGUCCAUACGCUGAGUGUACAGCCAACACCGUACCAGGAACCCGCUACCCAAGUGGAAGAUGUUGCAAUAAAUACUUCGAAUGCUCUAACAGUCAACUGGUAGAACGUGCUUGUCCCAUUGGCCAAUAUUUUGAUAGCGUCUCGAAGCAAUGCUCCUCAGCUAUUGAUGUCACGCAAGUCUGCCAAACCACGGGAAGAUUUGAAUGUGAUGUAGCAAGACAAUCUUCUAGCAGUUGCAACGGGUUUGAUUAUGACCCUACGAGAGACCCAUGCAAGUUCCAGUUCCAGGGAAAAUCCUUUAAUGUCGCUCCAGGAACUAUCUGGAAUCAGAACAAAUGUUCUUUGGACUACGAGACCAACAACUUGUGUUACAGAGUUUUAGAUAGAAAUUACUUUGCACUAGCGAAUCCUUGCACUCCCAACUUCCUGGCGACCUUCAACGGAGGCAGCAAGACCGUCUUCAGCCCGAGACUCAACGCCGAUCUGCCCGUCUACGUUGUGAGCAACCAGGUUGUGAUGACUGAUGAUGUCCUUCAGUUCACUUCUGCUAUGGCUGAUCCCUACUAUUAUUUGUUUUUCUUUAACAACAAGGACUUCCUCCCUAACACAGCCUUCAGGGUCCGCUUUAGACUUGAUAACGCCCAGUUGAACAGGGACUACGACAUUCUCUCCAACAGCUUCUGUGCCCUGUGUCCCGAUACUUUGAGGUUCUCUGUCACAGCUUCCUCAUCUAUCAGAAGAGUGGUUUCAGUUAUGUUUGUUACCACAGGGUCUGCUGUGGCCUCCACGUCUGCUGUCAUUGACCUCACUAAUUCAUCCAAUAUGAUUGAGCUGUUGGUCAUUUUUGGGGACAGUUCUGUGUAUGGUCAGCUGAGGGAGUACAACAACAUUAACGGAGUAGUUCAAAGAGUCAAUUUCAACAGCGCUGGAAAGUUGCAAGGAAGUCACAUUUUAACAAACAAAUGUGGUAUUCAACUGGGAAGAGGCCCUAACUCUCACUUCCUAGGCAUCAUUGAUGAGUUUGCUGUGUAUGAAAACUGCGCGAACAUCAACAGUUUAGUCUAAGCCCCACACCUGGACGUGGGCAGACUCUUUGCCUCCUGCUUAGCAGACGACGUGUAAUCAAAUUGCAAACAAAUGGCCAAAUAACGCCGACGUAGAUUUACUUCAUCAUUUCUCUCCUACCUCAAACCCCCCUUUCCCGGCCUUAAAGGAUUUAAACGCAACAGAGUUGAGAGCUCUUCAAUACUCUAUAUAAUAAUAGAAUAAAAAUUCUCUACAA